CCGGUUGGCUCUCAGACGACGACAUGGACGCUUGAUUUCCGGUGGCCAAACGCGCGUUCCUUCCGCUGGUCUGAAACGAAAAGGCGACGAUUCCCUUUUGUCUACUUGUGAAGAAAGAAAAGCAAAAUGAGCAAAGCACACCCUCCCGAGCUAAAAAAGUUCAUGGACAAGAAACUUUCGCUCAAAUUAAAUGGAGGCAGACACGUGCAGGGCAUCCUUCGAGGGUUUGACCCCUUUAUGAACCUCGUGGUGGAUGACUGUCUGGAAAUGGGACCAGGGGGACAGCAGCAUACCAUCGGCAUGGUGGUCAUCCGAGGUAACAGCAUCAUCAUGUUGGAAGCGUUGGAGAGAGUAUGAGACUACCUGAAGGGGGGAUGUCUGUGGAUCUUUUUUUUUUUUUUUUAACUUUAACUUUACACAAAAUAACUGUCUUUGAAUUGUGUAAACUGGCUGAGCUUUUGAAUUUGUGAAUAAAAUUUUCUUUAUACACUU